GCAACAGCCAGUAAAGAGUUAGAUGAGCAGACUAGGAAAAACAUGGCUGGGAAAAACAGGGGCAAGAGGAAAGCAGAUACCUCCUCCCCUCAGGACAGUGAACUGGAACGAGUCUUUCUAUGGGACUUGGAUGAGACCAUCAUCAUUUUCCAUUCCCUUCUCACAGGGUCGUACGCCCAGAAAUAUGGAAAGGACCCAACUCUAGUGAUUGGCUCAGGUCUGACAAUGGAGGAGAUGAUUUUCGAAGUGGCCACGCACUUAUUUUUCAAUGACUUAGAG